AUGGUAGCUAGAGAAGAGCAAGUGAUGAGAGACGAGGUCAAGGGUAAGGGGGUACUAGUUGAUAUCCUUGAGGAUGACGAGGAGAGAUCAAUCGAUAACAACAAGCUGCUAGACCUCAACGAGGGUUUCGAUGCGGAGAGCGAAGAAGGGGAAGUUGGCGAUGAUGAGGAAGACGAAGAUGAGGAGGGCGACGACGAUGGCGGUAGCACCACUGAUGUUGGUGGUGGGAGUGGGAGCUCAAGCAACAAUAGCAGUACCAACAACAAUUCGGAGAGCAAGAAGGCAGACGCCAAGGGAGGCAGCAAGUCAGAGGUGAGCGGUGAGCAGAGGGUUCCAUCGGUGCGGCAGUACAACCGGUCGAAGCUACCCCGGCUCCGGUGGACUCCUGACCUCCACAUGGCCUUCGUCCAUGCCGUUGAGAGGCUUGGUGGGCAAGAGAGAGCGACCCCUAAGCUGGUGCUUCAGAUGAUGAAUGUUAGGGGCCUCAGCAUUGCUCAUGUAAAAAGCCACCUGCAGAUGUACAGAAGCAAGAAACUAGACCAAGAUGGUCGCCCGAGGGGAGAUGUUUCCUCAGUGUAUUCCCCAAUGGAUUUCCAUUUCAUGAGAGCCGAUCGGCGCUUCCACGACAUGUCCUUCUUCCAAAGAGCAGCCGCGCUCUCCUCCUCCUCCAGGCUGGAACGCGGCAGCUUCUUCGCGUCAAGGAACUGCAGCGCUCCGGAGUUGAGACGGCUCUAUGGACUCCUCCACCAUCGCCCGCCUCCGACCCAAAAUUUCGACUUCAGAAAUUCCAGUUUCAGAAAUCAUGAGUGGGCGUCGUCGAAUCAGCAAGAGGCGAUCACAGUCUCCAGGAAUCACGUCACACCACCGUCGACUUCGCCACAGACACACCCGCUUGCAUCUUCCGCAGCGCUGAGGAGCGAUCGGCGGUGGUGGCCUUUCACUGACGCCGGCGCUGCUGCUGUCGCCGCCGGCGAGCACAGAGCAGAGAUAGGAACUAAUGGAAAGUUCGAAAGUUGCAUCGGGAGCAGUUCUCGGCCACUUCCGUUGGCCAUGUCGCCGACCGUGUCCGGAGAUCGUCGUCUUCCGUUCAGAUGGCGGCACGGGGGAAGCGGAAGCGGUAGAGAUGUCGUCGUGGGCUACCCGGGUAGCAGCGGCUCCAAGAUCACAACAAGAUCGUCGGAUCCAGUCGUCAUCGACGAUGGUCUGCAACUCGAGCGGCAGAAUUCGAAGCACGUCGUAGAACCAACAAGGGCCUCCGCCGCUCCGCCGGACGAGGCGUGCCUCAUCAAGCGGCGGCCGUCGCCGGUGGAGGCCCAAGAUGCGACGCCGGACCUACAACUCAGCUUGUCCCCUUCCUCGGUGUUGGCCAAGAAGAGAAAGACAAUAUCGUCGUCUUCCAUGGACACCACCAGCUGCGAGUUCUCGAUCUCUCUCUCGCUGUCGCCACCCGCCGCUGCAGUUUCCAUGCAGGAGCAGCGGAAAGAAAAGACAAGACGAAGCAGCGACAGCAACGGCGGAGGUGAAGGCGUUCUUGGGCAGAGUACUUUGGAUCUGACCAUGUCGAUCAGGGCAUUGGAGUGA